UGGUGGUUGAGAUCCACCUCACUUCAUCUGACAUGCUCGACCAUCCUUCUCACCGACGUAUACCAGGACGUUCAGGACACAAUCAAGUAGGUAGUACACGAAGAGCAAGUUUUACAAUGUCAGAUUCGGGCGCUUCGUCUCCCCUGGCGCCGGCUCGAAAUGGGUCUCCGGCUGCUUCUCCCAAACGCGAAGAUGGGUUGGCAGACAUGUUCGACGACUUCCAGCCUCAGGCGCAGCCGCAAUCUCAAUCUCGCGCUCGCUCGACUUCCCGAACACCUUCCCCGGCGAGAUCGACAACGGACUCUCCAGUGAAGCGUAACAACCGUUCCUUGUCUCGCACGUCUUCGAGGUCAUCAGGAAGCGGGGAUGAAGAUGACAGGAGAGCUAGGAUGGAGUAUGGGGAGGAGGAGAAUACCAACGCUAUAGAGCAAACGAUUCUGGAGAGCAACAUCGUCUUGCCCAAGGUUCCCAAGUUGGCUAGUAGUGAUGGGCAGGUCUGGGCUUUGAAGCUCCCUCCUGCUAUCAGCUUUCCCGCUCAACCGUUCCACCCCGAUCUCUACCGCUCUGAAGAGGGACCCAAGCAAGAAGCGGAAGACGCCGAAGACACGACCGACGAAGCCCGUCGUAUCCGAGCUCUCAAGCGGAUGCACUCGGUCGCCAACACGGUCCGUUGGAAGUGGAAGGACGGCACGCACGGGGAACCGGUGAGGCGGAGUAACGCCAGGGUCAUCAGGUGGAGCGACGGGACGGCGAGUUUGAUGGUAGGACAGGAGAUGUGGGAUCUCCAGGUGGAUAGCGUUGCCGGAUCGGGACCCGAGGCCAAGGCGACGAGACCGUUUGCUCUGGCAAAAGUCGCUGCCGAGGCAAAAGCGAAGGCGGAGGCCAAUCAAGAUGGAUCUCAGUCGCAGUCUCAGUCUCAAUCGCAAUUCCUCGCCUCACAAUCCUCUCAGCCAAAACGCGCUAUCGACGGAUCAAUCGCAAAACCACGGGCUACUCGAGAAGGUCCCGUCUCCCUCCUCCUCUCUACCGACUUUGACGACCAAGUCCUCAUCGCCGAUUCCCUCAUCACCGGGUCCAUGUCCCUCGUCCCCCAAACCCGAAACGUCAGGGACCACCAGAAACGCUUGGCCGCGGUCAGCAAAUCCACCGUCAAAGCCUCUAGGAUCCAAGCUUACCGCGAUUCUUCUGGCAUAAGACCGGACAAGAAGAUCGAAGAGAGCGUGCGAGAGAUGAACGAGGCGCAGAAGAAGCGUAUGAAGGCUAGGGGACAUGACGUGAACGCCGGGUUGAGUUUGCCGGUCUGGAAGGGAUCUUCCGGGACCAUGAGGGAGAGGGAGACGAGCCCGCUAGGAGCAGCCGGAGGGAGGAAAUCGAGGGGACCUUCUGGACCGAGGAAGGGGAGGACGAGUUAUAGCAGUGAUGAAGAUAUGGACGAUGACGGAGGGCGAGGUGGCGGUGGGGGUUACACCGGAGGCGAUUACGAAGAGGAUGACUUUGUCGUCGACGACGAUGAAGACGAACGAGCCGAUCAAUCCGGUUCCGAAGUUUCUGCGGCCGAAUCCAAUGGUCUUUCCGCCCUCGACCGAGAUCUGGAUCGGGAGGAACGUGGCGAUCGAUCAUCGAGGACAUCCAAGCCUAAGCGCCCGAAGAAAAGUUCGAGGGAUUAUGAGAGCGACGAGGAUGACGAUCCCCUGGAUGCUAUGGAGAGGGCUGCCGAAGAGAAUGCACAGGCUCAGCGGCGUGAGGCAAAGGAGAGGCGGAAGAGGGAAAAGGAGAGACAGAAGGAGGAGCGAGCUGGUGAGUCUCGAUGGCUCAGGUCAAGAACGGUCUUGAUGCCAGGCUGGUGACUGAUUUCAAUGACUUGUGAAAUAGCUUCGCCCGUCGACGACGACGAGGCAACGGCCGCACCGAUGGACGUGGACGACGACGAUAUCCCAGAACAGACUCAAACGGUUCAUCACAAAAGGGUCUUGCGAUACGAGGAUGAGGACGACUAGCGGGAUCAGGUCGAAG